AUGCAGUGGACUGGCUCGGCCCUGGUUUUUUUCUGGCUCGCUGUGCUGGUUCAGGCCCGAGAGGAGGACUCACCACCAGAAGAGUUCAAGAUCUGCACCGGUCGACUGGAAGAACAGGAGACCUGGUCGUGUCCAGACGUAACUGCUGACAAGUGCGCCACCACGUACACUGCCGUUGGUGGUGGUGCCUACAUGCAGUGUGGUCGCGAUGGGAAGCUUUGCCUUCACUCAGCCUUCUGCGACACGACCACUACGACUACAUUGCCGGGGUUUGUCCUGAUCGAUGACGACGGCCUCUGGGUGAAGAUCAACCAGUGGACCCAAGGUCUGUAUGAAAGGCAGAUCAACGCCUACGGCACGGUGAGAACGAGUGGUCCAGGUGAUGGCAAGCUCGAUGACGGUGUGAUCAAUGCUCUCAUGAUGGUGAAUAAGCUGCGUGGGCCAUCGGGGAAUACCUACAACAUCUUCAAGGUCACGGCAAAGGAAGCCAAUCUGGCGUACUACCUCCGCGUGAAAGACCGGAACUACACCGACACGAAAAGGAACUUCGAUUUCCGUCGAUACAGCACUUACCAGGCCGUUGGUGACAGGAUGCCACAGAACUUGGAAACCGGCUACAAGGACUUGAACAUUGGUGGCAUUUUUGACGCUCACCAUUGGGGAGCGCGGCAGUCCUGCAACAGAUUCUUCAUGGGCCACGACUCCUGGGAUGAUUGCUAUCAUGCAGACGGCGGAAGAAACACCAACAAGCGUUGUUUCAGUGGAGGAUAUUACUGCCACAACAAGCUCCGGCGGCGCUACCCGCCGCUCCUAAAUGUACAAAUGUUUCUGAAGAUUGCAGAGAAAGGCCAGGCCUUGCCGGGAGGAUGCGGCUGCCGGCGCCUCGGAAGCAAUCGGAGGCCGAUGAAGUGGCAGCCGUUGGACAGGGACCUGAGCUUCGCGGGGACAUGGAACUGGCUUCCGCAAAAGGACGAAGAGGAGCUCCCGUGUGCCGAAUUGCCUCACAGCGCAGAAACUGCGAGCGCAGCUGGAAGUGUGGCCACCACGGCUGUAGGCAUGGAGCAGGUUGAGAGCUUUCCGGCUUCACAGUUCAAGUUCAUGCCGACGGCCAGGAAGCACUUCACCGGUCCACUUCUUCAUCGGUCCCAUGAACUCUUCGAGACGUACAACAUCGGAAGCCAGCCGGACGCAACAGUCUCAGAGCUUGGCGAGCAUGGAGCAGUCCACUCUUCGGAAGAAGGCACAUGUCCGAGUCCCGAUUCUGCAAGUGACAGUUUGCCAAGCUCUCCGUCUUCACAAAACUGGAGCAACGACCACGAGGUCUCGUCGGCAGUUGAUGCAAAGUUUUAUCAACUUCCUGCUAUUGCACAUGUCGAGAAAGAUGAACUCGACCACUUGUCGCGGUGCAUCCUGGAAGAAAGUGAGACGUGGAUGAAUUGGAUGCACCAUGGGCAAGGCAUGCCAUCACAAAUUCUUUGGGAGUCCCUGCUGCAUGAGCUCUGCCAACUCGGCGAGAGCAGUCGAGCAAGAGCGUAUUUCCUCGCUGGCGCGGAGCUGGGUUGUCGCCCCUCUUGCUUGACGAGAUUGGCAGACCUGUGCGGAGAUGUCGAGCCGCCAGCACUACUCCGAUCAGCCUCUGAGUCUUCCGUGGCUUCAGUGGAGUCUCUCAUGCGUCCUGGCUGUUUAGAUAGGUCGCUCGAGCCUCACGCCCGCGAGCCUGGAGCAACUCCCAAGGCCGAACAGGAGGCGCCUGUCCUCCGGACUGCUGACAGUGCCCCGGACAGACAGGUCCUUGAGUUGGACGCACUCAUUUUGCCGCCGGUGCCGAGAAGAGUCGAGCGUGGUACGGACUUCUCGCUUCCGCUUCACUCCACCAUCCAGGCAUGUGCGGGAUGCAUGCAGACAGCCUCAAGACGGACAAGCGAGGCAAGCAGGACGACUGCAAUUUGGGCCGACCUGGAUGAGCAGGAACGGCUAUUCCAAGAGCUCGGGCGCGCCGGGUACAUACAAAAGCGCAUUCACCGCAAGCUGCACGUGCAAGCAGCACAGAUCGGCGAUCGCGAGCUUCUCAGGGUGGGAGACUUGUGCUUCAGCAAGCAGUUCGCAGAAGUCGAGAGACUUGCAGGGAGAGCAUCUACAAACGAUUGCUUUCAGGUCAGCAUGCCAGCUUUGCAAGCUUUGUGCCAUGACCUUCAUCCACGCCCUUGGGAGCCUCGGUGA